CAUUUAUCGAUUUUAUUCAGUUUUUCAGCGCUACCCGCUGUAUAAUUUAUUUAACUUUUUACAUAUAAAUAAUGGUUAAUUAUAUCAAUAUUACGUGUUUUUAGUUUAAUGAGUACAUAAAUUAAACAACUAUCUGCAUAGAAGCACAAAGCGCACAACAAGAAUUCUACAACAAGAAGACCUUUCAGAAUCAUCAUCGACAUAGAACAUCGCAUCUCGUCCAAAUGCCUAGUGAAAUAAUUACUUUACAGCUGGGCCAAUGCGGGAAUCAAAUUGGCUUUGAGUUUUGGAAACGCUUGUGUUUGGAGCAUGGCAUCUCACCGAGUGGCGUAUUAGAAGACUUUGCCACCGACGGGUUGGACCGCAAGGAUGUGUUCUUUUAUCAAGCAGAUGACGAUCAUUAUAUACCGCGUGCAGUGCUGUUGGAUUUGGAACCGCGUGUCAUUAAUACUAUUAUGACCUCAGCUUAUUCCAAGCUGUAUAAUCCCGAGAACGUUUACUUGUCCAAGCAUGGCGGCGGAGCUGGCAACAACUGGGCAUCUGGUUAUAGCCAAGGCGACAAGUUGCAAGAAGAGAUUUUUGAUAUAAUUGAUCGCGAAGCAGAUGGCAGCGAUUCACUGGAGGGAUUCGUUCUAUGCCAUUCCAUUGCUGGAGGUACUGGCUCUGGAAUGGGCUCAUUUUUAAUGGAACGUCUUGCCGAUCGUUAUCCCAAGAAACUCAUUCAAACAUAUAGCGUGUUCCCGAAUCAGGAGGAAAUCAGCGAUGUUGUAGUGCAACCCUACAACUCAAUGCUGACACUUCGCCGAUUGAUAACAGCUGCGGACAGUGUUGUUGUCCUGGAUAAUACGGCAUUAAAUCGCAUUGCAUGCGAUCGCUUGCAUUUACAGAACCCGACAUUCACGCAGAUUAAUACGUUAGUCUCGACUAUAAUGAGUGUGAGCACUACAACUCUGCGUUAUCCAUCGUACAUGAAUAAUAAUCUCAUUGGAUUAACAGCACCGUUAAUACCAACGCCUCAGCUGCACUUCUUAAUGACAGGAUAUACACCAUUAACCAAUGACGCGAAUCUCAGCAAUCAAGCUGUGAACGUGCGCAAGACAACUGUGCUUGACGUGAUGCGUCGCCUGCUGCAACCAAAAAAUAUGAUGGUGUCUACAGGUCCCGACAAGACCAAUCAUCACUGUUACAUAUCCAUUUUAAACAUAAUACAGGGCGAGGUGGAUCCCACCCAGGUGCAUAAGUCGUUGCAGCGUAUAAGAGAACGUAAAUUGGCCCAAUUUAUACCAUGGGGUCCAACAUCUAUACAAGUGGCGCUCUCACGUUCUUCACCUUACGUUCAAAGCAGUCAUCGUGUCUCAGGCUUAAUGUUGGCCAAUCAUACAAGCAUUUGCUCUCUAUUUGAGCGCGCAUUAAGUCAGUUUGAUAAGUUGCGCAAGCGUGGCGCCUUUCUCGAUCAAUUUCGCCGAGAAGACAUAUUCAAGGACGAUUUGAGUGAAUUAGAUGAAUCGCGGGAGAUUGUGGAUGGUCUGGUUCAGGAGUACGAGGCGGCCACACGCGUAGACUACUUGGAGUUUUCGGCUAAUAGACCAAGUAAAUCAGAAGGCGAUACGAGGUCUGAGGAAGCCAAGUCUGUGAAGUCAGAUAUUUAAGCCAUAAAAUUGUUUGUGCCAUUAAGAUUUAUUAAGAUAUAUAUGUACAUUUAUAUAUAGGUGAUAUGAUUGUUGCUCACGAUUGACACGUAAGGAUUAUAAAUCCUUCAAGUAUUCAGACACCAUAAAUUGUUUAGUAUCAUGUUUAGAUACGUCAGUACGUACGGUUGUCAGUUGAGUGUCUAAAAAUGUUACAACAAAUUGUACUUGCACCUCCACAUUUCGUUUCUUAGCUAAUAAAAUGUUUCACAAGAA